CUCAGAGGCGAAAUUGUAGGUAAAUGGAGCGUUGACGCUUAAGUCGAGGUAUCUGUCAACCUCACAGUCUUCGAACUGCGUCGUCACAUCCGGUACAGUUGGUAUUUUGGUGAGGAGUUUAUUCCGAAAGAGUCUGUCAGAGCAGACGAUCUCGAGGAGUAACAGUUACAACUUUUUCUCUUCCUGGGCAUAUUCGAAUAAAACGGCAACAUGUCUAUCAAAUCAACAACCAUGUCUUUAAGUAAAGAGAUGUCCGUGGAGGAGUCCUACAGCAAAACCAGCAUCUCCUCCAGCAAAUUGAGUAAAAUGGAAUCCGUGGAAAGUUCGAUUUCCUCUUCCAUCGGUGAAUCCACAAGAGACUCUGGGAUCAUGUCGUCCAUUGCUAGCAAGCUGGACUCCGAUCUCGCUAUUGGUGACAGCACUUUGGACUCUUCCAAAGGUUUAAAAAUGUCAUCCGUCGAAAAGAGUGCAUCUGUGAUGGAAAGUGAAGACAGCUUCUCGUCUAAGAAGCUGGAGGUGUCUUCUUCGGUCGACAUCCAAGAGUCUAGUCAAUCUAUGUCGAUGGUUUCUAAAAAGGAGGAAAUAAGCAUGUCCAAAAGCGAAACCAGCUCUGAAGAAAUGUCCAAGUCCGUCAUGAAAUCAGAAUCCGUUACUUCGGAAGUUAGCGAAGAAAAGACCCUCAGCAUCACCGAGAGUUAAACCAGAGGACAUAGGAGGCAAGGAAGAACUGAGGACAGAAGCUGGUUUGGCCGAAAAUCCUCGAAGACUUUUGUCUGUGAUUAUUUUAUGCUUUGUCCAACUAUGUUCUGAUAUGCUUUAGUUGUGUUUUUGCUGCCAUUAAAACUGUGAAUAAAUUUUCUAUUCAUUCGAA